AUGUUCCGCAUCACCCCAGGCCUCUGGGACAAGAUCCACCACUUUGCCUCCUUUCCACAGACCGGAGUCUCUCUCCAACAGAUGGUCCUCUUCGGCCAGAAUCCUAGCCAGGGAACUCUCCUCAGAGCCAGCCAGUUCAUCCUCGAGGAGCUGCCCGUCCGCUUGGCCCACCGCUGCAAAGAGCUCGACCAGUUGCCCCACAACCUCAGCGCCAUGCCCUCCAUCAACAAGGUCAAGGACUGGUAUGCCCAGUCCUUCGAGGAGCUCAUUAGCUUCCCUUCAAUAUCUCUGCCUGGCCACGUACGCGAGGCACUCACAGCUCCGGCCACCGACCACUUCGCCCUACCCGAGUCCACCCCCAAUCCUUCCCUUCCUUUCUUCACCGAGGACUACGCCGGCAUGCCCUCCGGCAUGGGCUUGGGCUUGGGCAUCUCCUCUACUUCCCGCGCGGAUGGCAACGGAAAUGGAAACGGAAAUUCCCAGAAGAUGCGCAUACCCAUCGAAAGAAGGUAUUAUUACGAUACGUCCGGAAUUCAGUGGCCACCGGAGGUGCGGGAUUACAACCGGCGGAUCACAAAAACCUUGGAAAUCAUCAAGAAGCGGCACGACCCCACGGUGACCACCGUGGCGCAGGGUGUGCUCGAGUGGAAACGCAGUCAGAAUGCGCGGAACAUCAAUCUCGAUGUCCAGCACUGGCUGGAUCGGUUUUACCUCUCGCGUAUAGGCAUCCGGUUUUUGAUCGGGCAGCAUAUCGCGUUGAAUACUCUUCAACCACAUCCCGACUACGUGGGCAUCAUUUGCACAAGAUCUAACGUGCACGACAUAGUGCAGGAAGCAAUUGAAAACGCCCGCUUCGUCUGUGAAGAGCAUUACGCAAUGUUCAGGGGCCCGCCAGUGCAGCUCAUCUGCCCCAAAGACCUGCACUUUGCGUACGUGCCCGGCCACCUGUCGCACAUCUGCUUCGAGCUGCUCAAGAACUCGCUGCGCGCGGUCGUCGAACGCUUUGGGCACGAGAGCGAGUUGUACCCGACCAUCAAAGUCGUCGUCGUCGAGGGUAAGGAGGACAUUACGAUCAAGAUCUCGGACGAGGGCGGUGGGAUACCCAGGAGCGCCAUUCCCCUCAUCUGGACGUACAUGUACACGACCAUGGAGGGCCAAAACAUCGACCAGGACUUCCAGGCGAGCGAUUUCAAAGCGCCCAUGGCCGGCUUUGGGUACGGCUUGCCGCUGUCGAGAUUGUACGCGAGAUAUUUCGGUGGGGAUUUACGCUUGAUAUCCAUGGACGGGUUCGGUACCGAUGUCUAUAUCCACCUUAACCGGCUUUCGAGCAAUCGGGAACCUCUCCCGUAA